AUGAGGACGGCGCUGCUGCUUGCCUGCCUGCUGGCCACCGCCUCUGCCUUCUCUGUGAGGAGCUGGCUGCGCAGAGCCCGGGCAGGCGACUCGGAGGAGAAUGCGGUGCUGAAGAGCCGGCACCGGUACUACCUGUAUCGCUACGCCUACCCGCCGCUGCAUCGCUACAAGGGCAGUGACUCCUCGGAGGAAGAGGGGGACGGCUCAGAGGAGGAGGAGGAAGGGGGGGCACUGUCCCAUGCAGGUACUCAGGGAGCAGGUGAGGGUCUGACCCCCAGUGAUGGGGGGCUGGGAGGUGAUGCUGCAUCCACCCAUCAGGGCUGCAAAGGGGGCCAGAAGGGCACACGGGGUGACUCGGGCGAUGAGGACAGUGAUGAGGAAGAGGAGGAAGAGGAGGAAGAGGAAGAGGUAGAGGAGCAGGAUGUCAGUGUCAAUGGGACCAGCACCAACACCACGGCAGAAGCACCCCAUGGGAACAGCACUGCAGUGGCUGAGGAGGAGGAGGAUGAUGAGGAGGAGGAGGAGGAGGAAGAGGAAGAAGAGGAGGAGGAGGAAGCUGAAGCCACCACUACUGCUGCCACCACUGCACAGGAUGAGGCGACCACACUGGGUGAUGAGCAGCACUCUGAGGCCACAACAGCUGGGGAGCAGUGGGAGUAUGAGGUGACAGUGGGAGCCCGUGGGGACGAAGGUCCCACUGAGAGCAGCUAUGGGGACCAGGAGGAGCCAGCACGUGGGGACAGCUACCGUGCCUAUGAGGAUGAGUACGGCUACUACAAGGGGCAUGGCUAUGACAUCUAUGGGCAGGAUUACUACUACAGCCAGUGA